AUAGGGAAUAUUGGGAAUAUACCGCUGGUCCUGAUUGCUGCUUUAUGUCGAGACAAAUCCAACCCAUUUGGUGACCCUACCAAAUGCCACGAAUCAGGAAAUGCUUAUAUUUCGUUUGGUCAGUGGGUUGGUGCCAUUAUUUUGUAUACUUAUGUGUUUCAGAUGCUUGCUCCACCAUUUGGAGAAACCUUUGAUAGUGCUGAAGAGGAAACACUUCCAAUCAAGGACCAUACUGCUGAAGAGAAGCUGCCAUCUAAGGCUCCAGCCACAAAACUAGAGAAAAUAUCCACCAAGGUUUUUGAAAAUGCCAAACCUGAACAGGUGCCCUUGUUAGCUUCAAAGGAAUCUAAAGCUGGAAUUACUAAGAGGGUUAUUUCUAUGGUACUCUUUGUCCUGCGGAAGUUAAAACAGCCACCGAUAAUUGCUUCUGUAUUGGCAAUUGUCUGUGGUGUUAUACCAUUUUUAAAGACUCUAAUCCUGAAAGAUGAUGCACCAUUCUUUUUUUUCACUGACAGCUGCCUACUCCUAGGGGAAGCCAUGAUACCUUGCAUUUUACUUGCUUUGGGUGGUAAUCUUGUUGAUGGUCCCGGUCUUGGAAGUAGAAGGCUUGGUCUGCGCACAAUGGUUGCUAUAGUCUUUGCGCGGUUGGUCCUAGUUCCUCCAGCAGGGCUUGCCAUUGUUACAUUUGCGGACAAGCUUGGGUUCAUCCCAAAGGGUGACAAAAUGUUUAAAUUCGUUCUCCUGCUGCAGCACUCGAUGCCCACUUCUGUCCUCUCUGGUGCUGUUGCGAACCUGCGAGGAUGCGGGAAAGAGGCUGCAGCUGUUCUGUUCUGGGUUCACAUAUUUGCUGUUUUCUCCAUGGCUGGAUGGAUUGUUCUAUAUCUAGCCAUAUUAUUUUAGAUUUUGGUAUAGCCUAUGUAAUAUAAAAUUCUCACGCAGCUCAUUUUGUUCUGAAGAAAAAAAAUCAGGAUAUUCUGAUGCUCGUUUUACCUCAGGAUUGGGUAAAUUUUACCACAGGUGUUCUUGAUUUCAUGCAUCAUUAGCUAUCCAUUAAUAUAA